AUGGGUCUCUUAUAUGAAUUCUAUGACCAUAGGUACCUUUUGCAAGAGAAAAAGAGAGGAAAAGCCCUUGAUUCUGUAGCAAACUUUCACUUGCAGAAUGGAGAAGUGUAUAUGUCUAGUGAAGAUGAUACCCAAGAAAUGUUAUUUAGGCUUAGACAAUAUCUUGAGUCAUCGUCAGCUUCUCGUUCUUCAAGGACUAUCAUCGAUAAUCUUCUCUUUCAACGUCUUGCUCCACAAGUCAAUCCUGUUAAAGUGCCAUUACCGUCUGACAACGAAUCUGAUUCUGACGAUUCAGUUCGAUCCUAUAGAACAAUGGCCCAGCAAAGGACAUUGAAAGAGUUGGCAGCGCUAAAUCUUGACCAACAACCACUUUGCAUCCAGUAUCCAUCGUUGGAUGUAAACUUUGAGAUGAAGUCGGGCCUUAUCCACUUAUUGCCUUCUUUCCAUGGGUUGCCUGGUGAGGAUCUGAAUAAACAUUUGCAGGAGUUUCGUAUUGUCUAUUCUAGUAUGGAACCUACUGUAGUGACUAAAGAACAAAUUAAGCUGCGAGCUUUUCCUUUCUCCCUAAAGGAUACAGCUAAAGAGUGGUUGUACUAUCUUCCACCUGGUACUGUUGAAACCUGGAAUGGUAUGAAGACUUUGUUCCUGGAACAACAUUUUCCAGCAUCUAAAGUAUCAUCAGGAAAGAGAUCUGUGAUAAGUGAACAGCUCCUCAUUCAGUACUUUUAUGAAGGAUUACAAUCACUGGAUAGGAGUAUGAUUGAUGCAGCCAGUGGGGGUGCACUAGUUGAUAAGACUCCUGCUGCAGCUAGGAGCUUGAUUUCUCCAAUGGUACAACAACUAGCUUUAGGCCAACAGGUGAGGCCAUGUGGAAUCUGUCAAGUUGUGGGGCAUGCUACUGAUACUUGCCCUACUCUAUUUGAGGGAGAAACUGAGAGUGUUAAUGCUGUAGGAAAUUUCCCUGGUCAAUUACGUCAGAUGUACUAUGAACCCUUUUCACAAACUUAUAAUCUAGGCUGGCAUGAUCAUCCAAAUCUUCGUUAUGGGAAUCAACAACAAGUUGCUCCGCAGUCUACAUCUUCGAGACCACCUGGUUUCACUUUGCAACAACGUUCUCAAAAUAAUUUUGUACCUAGACCAUCACAAGCAUCGCAAGCUGCUCCACCACCAAGUGCCAAACCCUCUACUGAGGAUUUAAUCAAUGCACUUGCUAUAAAUACUCUUCAGUUUCAGCAAACCACCCAAGCUUCCAUCAAAAGUUUGGAGAAUCAGGUGGGACAAUUAGCAACAUCAUAUAAUAGGUUGGAAGCUCAUCUGUCUAAUAAAUUGCCUUCACUACCUGAGAUGAAUCCCAAGGAGAAUGCUAGUGCAGUAACUUUGCGAAGCGGGACACAAUAUGAUCUACCUAGUCCUCCAAUGCCCAGUAAAUUGUCAUCCAAGCCACAAGUUGAUUGCUCAGUUAAUGAAGAUUUUCCUCCAAAGCCAACCACCCCUACACAACUAAACCCUAAGCCUACUUUUGUCAUCCCACCUCCAUUCCUAAGCAGACUAAAGAAGAUUAAAAAGGAAGAGGUUGACAAGGAAAUUCUUGAUACAUUUCGAAAGGUAGAAGUGAAUAUUCCUCUUCUUGAUGUUAUUAAACAAGUGUCGCGCUAUGCCAAGUUUUUGAAAGAGUUGUGCACUAAUAAGCGUAAAUUGAGGGCCUCUAUCAAUGUCAUGUCAUUAUCCAUUUAUGCUUCAUUGAAUCUCGGUCCACUUAAAGAAACAGGGGUAAUUAUUCAACUUGCUGAUAGGUCGAAUACUUAUCCCAAGGGUGUAAUAGAAGAUGUUUUAGUUCAAGUUAAUGAAGAUGAAUCUAUUCCAUGCUCCACUCCAAUCUUUUUGGGGAGACCAUUCAUGAAAACAGCGAGAACUAAGAUUGAUGUGCAUGACGGUACAUUGACCAUGGAAUUUGAUGGGGAGACAAUUCGAUUUAAUAUUUUUGAGGCUAUGAGUGAAUUUUGUUUGGAGGUUGCGUUGAGAAAGCAUCUUGUGUUGACCGAUGAAGAUUUUUCUCAUGAGAUCAUGGAUGUCAUAACCACAUUCAAUAGUGGUUUUGACAAGACUUUUAAGAAUGUUGCAUUUCUUAAUUUACUGAUUUCUAGUGAGAAAUUGCAGCCAUCAAUUGUUCAAGCUCCUACACUUGAAUUGAAGCCACUUCCAUAG